GCCGCGGCGGGGCCGCCGCUCGCAGCCCCCGGCAUGGCCGCGCCGCGUUGGUUCCUGGCGCUGCUGCUGCUCCUCUGGCUCGCCCUGGCCGCCGCGGGGCCACUGGGCACUGUGCUGGACAAGCAGGAUGUGAACGAUGGCCUCAUCCGGACACUGGUGCGGCCACGGGGUGCGCGGCUUGGAGCUGGGCACCGGCCUGGGGGCUGGCGAAGGUACCGGAGACCACGACCCCGGCUCUCACACAAGGGCCCGAUGCCCUUCUGAGGCAGGGGUGUCCCCAGCCUACCCUGGACGCGGCUCCCACCACCCACACGGUGCCACAGCCUGUGCUGCUUGUGCCCCAGCCCUGAGCACGGGCUCCCACCCAUGAGCCCUUGGCUGGAGCCACCUCAUCACUGUGGCUACACCUGGAGGCCCAGCACCGUGUCUGGCUCGUGUUGCAGACGGCUGCCGCCACCAUGGUAGGCUUUGACCAAAGCACUUUGUCAGACAGAGGAGCUUCUCCAGCUUGCCUUGGGUGGGGGGGUCCUAUUUAUUCCCCUGGUGCUAACCCUGCACCCUGGGUGAGCUGCUCUCCCCUUAGCACUGCCAGAUCCCCAACCCUGGGGAACUCCAAGGCAUGGGGCGCCUGUCCAGGACACAAGGGGGGGUCUGGGCCCCUCUGCCCAUGCCACUCCGUGGGACAGUGGGAGAAUGGGGAGCACUGGGGUCUCUGUGCCAAGCACUGACAUAUGCCAAAGGAGGGGCCCUUGCUCUGAGCUGGGCCUUGUUGACCAUGUCUUAUGUCUGUAAAGAUUUAUUCUGUGUAAAUACAUCUUUGUAAUAAAGAGUUCUGAUGA